AAAUCUUUACAGGUUUUAACAUUUUUAUCAUUUUUAAUAGAGUUCAACAGCUGCUGAGUUCCUCGAAUUUUAAAGCGCGACGCGACUAAACUAAGUAAAAUGGAAACGCCUGGCUGACCGACACCUUUAUAACUGGACUAAACGAGUAUAAAUCUGGUGUUAGACGUUGACCGAGUUGUUUGUGGUUAUCAUGGCGGUGUGGGGACAGACAGACGUGUUAGUUUAUGAGCUGGUAGUGGUGUUAAUAUCGUGUUUUCUCUCAGCCUCGGGUUCACUCUUGGUAAUGUUUACAUACGCACGCUGGCCGGAUCUGAGAACUAAACCCAGGCGGCUGCUCUUGUUUCUCUCUAUAGCUGAUCUUUUCUCAGCACUUUCCUACUUUUAUGGAACCCUGAAAAGUUUUACCUCCAAUACCUGGGACUGUAUUACACAAGGAGCUGUGUCCACCUUCUCCAACACCAGCUCCUUCUUCUGGACUGUAGCCAUCGCCAUCUACCUGUACAUCAUCAUCGUCAGGUCCAGUCCUAGACUCGCCGACAGUCUGCACGUUUAUUUCCAUCUCAUCGGUUGGGGUAUUCCUCUGGCCAUCACAGUAGCAGCUGUGUGCCUGCAGAAAAUUGGCUAUGAUGCCUCAGAGGUAUCUGUUGGCUGGUGCUGGGUCAGCAUUAAGGAAAAGGAUCACGUGCUGUGGAUGCUGCUGACUGGCAAGAUAUGGGAGCUGCUUGCUUACAUCAUCCUGCCUGUGCUGUACAUUCUCAUCAAGAGGCAUGUUCAUAAAGCGCAUGCAGCCCUCUUGGAGUACAGACCCAUACUGGCCAAUAACAGACUUUCCUACUCAUUUCCCUCCAUGGCAGACCGAAAGCUCACCUUCAUCCCCAUCAUCUUCAUCACAUUGCGCAUAUGGAGCACUGUGCGCUUUGUGCUCUUUCUCCUCGACUCUCCUGCCAGACAGAAUCCCGUGCUCGUCACUUUACACGGAAUUGGAAACAGUUUUCAGGGAGCUGCAAACUGCAUCUUGUUUGUGCUCUGUACUCGACCAGUUCGUACGAGACUGGUGGAUUGGCUCUGCUGCCGAACCCAUGACGCCCACCCUGGCUCGGGCAUGCCACCUCAUCACACAGAUAACUCGCACACGUACUCGAACCCAGACGAUUCUAGCAUUCCUCACAUCUGGCAAGAUGGAGGUGAGGAUGGGUAGUAGUAAGGAUUGAAGCAGAAAUUUUGUUCCUUGUUGACCUUCAGCACCACGUGAGUGGCGCGCUCAAAUAAGCUCGUUGCUGAUGCAAAAUAACUGCCCUUUUACAAAGUAGCUGCUGAUCUGUCAAGUGUUUACCACAGUGUUCUCUGCAGCUGUGUGUGUGUGUGUGUUUUGUUAAAUGCCAAGACUCCCAUCUUCUGGGUUUACCCUCUGCCUAUAAGGAUCUAGAAGUCUGCAGUGUGUAAGUGCACUUUAAAGUAGUGGUAUAGCACUUUAAGUGCUCUUUUGAAUACUUUCUCGUUUACUUUUUCGUUUUAUAUUGGCACAUUGGUUUUUCUGUUCAGUUUUUAUAGGACUCAGGAAUUUGAGGGUUAAAGGUCAUUCAUACUUUAUUGACCAAAAUGCUUAAUGUACUGUAAAUACUCUUGAAUUACCUCAGAUGUCAUUUUUCCUGACUAAACAUUAUACUGCUCUGAUAGGAAAUAUCAUUGUACAUUGUGAAUACUGUAUAUUUUAAAUGUAUUUAGAGUAUAUUCUUAGAAUUGUAUUUGUCAGUACUGUAUAAUGCUAGUUAAACCAGUAUGAAAGGAAUAAUGCAGAAUGGUUUUUUUGCAGAAUUAUAAAUGCCUUUCCACCACUGCUCUCUUUUAUCUGCAGGCAAAGGGAAUGGACUUCCAUAGAUCUGGAUGCAAAAUGUGUUUUAUUUUGUUAACGUGGUCAGAUAUAAGGGAUGUACGUAUUUCUUUGCUUACACUGUUCUGAUAAAUAUAAAAAUAAGAAAAUUAAAGCAUUUUCACAUGGUCUUAGACUUUUGACCCCCUUACUUUAUGUAAAUGUAUGUCUGAUCAGAGCAUUUGCAGCUGGAAUUGUAAGCGGUUAUAUGAGUUUUUAAACUCUGUACUUAUUUAUUGUUUUAAAUGAUUCUUUUUAUGAAUGUAAGUUUUUUUAGUAAAGAUCCUUAAAAGAAACACUUGAAAGUGCAUGUUUUCAUUCUACGAUCUAUGUGUAAAUGCUCACUUGAAUAAUCAUGGCACAUUUGGGUAGUUCUUGCUAAAGAGUGUUUUAAAUUCAAAAGAUGUCAACAUUAUUAUACUACUGGAUUGUAUUUGGAUAUAAA